AUGGAACUCAACCGAGAACAUUUUCGCGCCAUAAUUUAUUACAACUUUCAGAGACAAUUAUCGCAACAAGAAAGCCUUGCUGAGUUACUGUCUGUUUUCGGCAACGAAGCGCCACAUCAGUCGACAAUUUCCCGUUGGUAUGAAGAAUUCAAACGUGGACGGGUGAGUCUUAGCGACGAUCCCAGGGUGGGUGCUCCAAAAAUGGCAGUCACCCAGGAAAACGUCGAUGCUAUGCGCAAACUCAUCAUUGAAGAUAGACAUGUGGCAUAUCGCGAGAUUGAGGCGUCCUUGAAGAUCUCAAAGACCUCAAUUCAAAACUGUUACUUCAUCACCGAGCUUCGAAAAAUCAAUCCGGAAAGAAGAAUCAUCCUCCACCAAGACAAUGCAAGCUCGCACACAGCCCAAAAAACAAGGCCGUAUUUAACGGAAGAAAACGUGGAAUUAUUGGACCAUCCUCCAUAUAGUCGCGAUCUAAGUCCUAACGAUUUCUUCACUUUCCCGAAAAUUAAAAACAGACUGCGUGGUCAAGGGUUCCAGUCACCAGAAGAAGCAGUUGACGCAUUCAAAAAUGCCGUUUUGGAUCUGCCAGCAAACGAGUGGAAUAAGUGCUUCGAAAAUUGGUUCGAGCGCAUGAAGACAGUGCAAAGAAGUACAACGUCACUCUGGGAUCAGGAAUGGAACAGUAUUGUCUUUAGUGACGAGUCUCGAUUUUGUUUAGGCAUGCACGAUGGUCGUGCCAGGGUUAGAAGGCGACGGAGGAAUCCACAGUUUUUUGUUGAAAGACAUGUUCAUCACACUGUUGGAGUUAUGGUUUGGGGUGCUAUAGCUUAUGGUUCCAGGUCACCUUUAAUCUUCAUCAGAGGUAACAUGAACGCGCAGCGUUAUAUCCACGAAGUUCUAGAACCCCAUCUUUUACCCUAUCUUGACACCCUGGCAGAUCUAACUUUUCAACAAGAUAUUGCCCGACCACAUGUUGCAAGAGUCACAAUAGACUUCUUUCAACAUAAUGAUGUCACAUUGUUACCAUGGCCACCAAGAUCUCCCGACUUAUCCCCAAUUGAGCACGUGUGGGAUAUGAUGGGGAGGAGAUUGCUCAAUUUGCAACGUCUUCCUCAGACUCUAGAAUCACUUCGAGAGGAGUUGGUGGUUGCCUGGAAUGAGAUACCACAGGACGACAUUGACCACCUGAUCAGAAGCAUGCCUACGGGCGUUGGAGAAUGCGUAGCACAUCAGGGUGCAUCCACACGUUAUUAA